AUGUGCAAAGUGUAUGCACAAGUCCUGCUAUUGAAUUCUGGGUCAAGCCACCGCAUCCUUAUUCUACUCGAAUCUCGUGGCGACGUCGCAUCGCCUGGGCGCUUCUGGCGCUCAGCAGUGUACCGAUCCACUUUCUAUACAAUUCUGCAAAUUUUCAAGCAAUUGUAUUCUAUCGAGAACGCACAGCUGGUUACGGCAACAGCUGGGAUUCUAAGAUCUGAUAAGAUCGACUUCGAGGCCUUUUCGAAGCAGCUCUCAGCUGGACUGGAGGACAGCUCAGAUCUGUUUGCUUACAACAGCUCCCUCGCCACUCGACUGCGGUCUAUGCACCUUGCAGACGAGGCCGCUUUCGUUCGUCUUGAGGCUCAGCAGUGCCUCGAUGUCUACGGCAGUGAUCUACUCACGGAACACUCUCACGUUUUUGCGAUUGUCGAUCCAAGCGUGAAGGUUAACGAAACAGACAGCGAUCGUAGCGGUGAGUAUUCGGAUGUUCUCAACUGGGCUGAUCUGGGCAUAUCAGGAGCUGCAGCCGAGAAUACGCCAAUGUACUGGCCGAGUAGUAUUAGCGAUCUUGUCCACGAGACCCAGCGUGACAGCCAUAGUCAUAGCUGGCUGUUGUCAGGGAAGUAUCUUGAGUAUUGCAUGGCCAAAAGAGAACCAGGGCACUGCAAGGUACAAUUUUCGACGUACAUUCUUGUUGGCAUCAUCGUUUGCAAUUUUAUCAAGAUGUCCGUGAUGGUCUGGCAUCUCUGGCACCAGCGAAGUGGAUCUCUAGUUACAUUCGGGGAUGCACUGGCUAGCUGGCUUCAAGAUGUCGACGAUAACACGAUGGGAAACUGUCUCAUUGACAAGUCAUCUGUCAGGGACGAGAGGGAGGAUCGCUUUGAUCAGCUUGCUACCCAACCUCAAAAACGGAGCUUAGUACGAAGAGGAUAUCUGCAGCCAUCUGCCCUGGGACAGAAAGCGCGUAAGCCUACCAAGAAGCGGCGAUGGGCUGCUGCCGUUGACAUUGAGCAAUGGGUGCCUAGUCUCGCGAUUUGCAUCGUGUCCCUCUGUGCCGCUGCCUUUUUCCUCAUAAGGGCAACUCGUGAUCCUGAGCGACUCAGUAUCCAGGAGGCAAUUGCUGCCGGCAAAUUCUUCGUCGAAGACACGACAUCGACGCUCGAAACGAAGUUGCCGACGAAUGGCACGAAAGGCUUCAUCGCUUCGGUCUUACUGGUCAAAACCCCCCAGAUCGUCCUCUCGUGUUGCUAUUUGGGGUUCAAUGGACUCCUCACGAGUAUGCACCUGGCCUAUGAAUUCAGCGGCUAUGCGAUCGUACGCAAGGGCCUUCGGGUCACCGAGCCUCGAGGAACGCAACGCACUACAUACUGGCUGCAGCUGCCAUUUAAAUACAGCUUGCCUUUACUGGUGACGACGGCGUUGUUGCACUGGCUGAUUUCGCAGUCGCUGUUUCUUGUUCGAGUCGUGCCUUAUCGUGCUGGUUUCGGAGCGCAGACAAUCGAACCACUCGUAGCCGACGAAUCUGGCGUAGGUAUCAGUCUUGUACCUAUGCUGGUAGCCGUCGUGCUGGCGUUUUGCCUGCUACUAAUUGUUGUCGGACUGGGUUUCAGAAAGCUUGCGAGCAAUAUGCCGAUUGCGGGAAGCUGCUCGUUUGCACUUGCGACCGCGGUCCACAGGCCGCAGGAGGAUGAGAAAGCUUCAACACUGCCCCUCAUGUGGGGAGAGAUCCCUCGCAUGGGAACACAAGAACUUGGUCAUUGCUCAUUCACGAGUGAAGAAGUCGUCGAGCUGGAGCCGAACAGAAAAUAUGCUGGUUGUCGGCAGGGCCUGACUGCUUAA